AUGGGCUUCUUGGAACGUUUGAAUCUAUUCCGUCGAGAGCCUAAGUUCCACGCCCUGGGACCUGAUAGCUCUGAUGGCGACGAGGAAGAUAUUGAGUCGGAGAAGCUUCUGCCAAAGGCAGGUCUUGCGCGGAAACUGGCGCAUUCAAAGUCUUGGAUCUACUUCUCAAUUUUCAAUGCGGUCGUACUGGGCAUGAAUGUCUUCUUGGGCGUCGCUACUAUGAAGAACAUUUUUAGCAGUCAGAAAAAUGCCGAUCUCAGGCCAACCUCAUGGUGGUCACCGAUUCUCGAUGAUAUCGAAAUUCCAAAGCAUACGACCAUGCUAAACGGGACGUUAUUUGCUCUACCAGAAGUUUCGAUUGCUCGCGAGGAGCCUGGUCCUGAGAACGAUGAAGCGUGGCAUAAAUUUGAAAAGGUCUUAACACAUGUUGUUACUCGCGAGCAGAUCAUCAAACUAGGAAAAGAUCCCGAGACGGUAGCACGGUUCAACGACGAAUACUGGGGGCUGGGCGAUGAUGCGUACAUGGUCCAGCUUGAUGUGAUGCAUCAAAUUCAUUGUCUGAAUUUACUCCGCAAGUCUGCCUUUGAGAGUUAUCCUGGCUACGAGCCCGAGUUGGAUGUGAAGGAUAAAAUGUGGUGGAUUCAUCUCGGCCAUUGCACCGAUAUCCUACUUCAGAAUCUCCAAUGCAACGCAAAUACAGAGGUUCUGACCUUGAACUGGGUGGAAGACCGCCAGCCUCCAUGGCCAGAUUUCAGCGUGAACCGAAAAUGCCGGAACUUCAAUGCUUUGAAGGACUGGCAGCACGAAAAUGCUGUUGACCCUGAAAAGUUUGACGCUAUGCCCGUUCCUUCAGACGCUUAUGUGUGGCCUGCACCUUGGAAGAAGCAGGACUACGAGCUUGGGAUUAAACUGGGCCAACACCAUUUCCAGGAAGGUCAUCAAUUGCAGGGUGGGGAAGUAAUGGGUGACCCUCAUGCUCAUCAUGAUCAUCAGUAG